AUGAGCGAGGAGAUCGCAAACCAGAACCCUGAUGCCCUCGUUAUUUCAAAAGAUCCUCUUCAUCCGGCGAACUUGAUCCCUGAGCUUUGCGCUUCCUUCUACCAUUUGGGUUGGGUAACGGGAACUGGAGGCGGGAUCAGUAUUCGACAAGGAAACAUUGUAUACAUCGCACCUUCCGGAGUACAGAAAGAACGUAUCAAACCCACCGAUAUCUUCGUUCUGCCGUAUCCCCAACCACCCUGCGAUCCUCACGCCGACCGAAUAUUCCUGCGAAGACCGAGCAACAAUCUGAAAGAAUCCGCUUGCACACCCUUGUUCUGGAAUUCAUUCGAGCUGCGUGAUGCUGGAAGCUGCAUCCACACCCAUUCACAGCACGCUGUAAUGGCUACUCUUCUCUGGCCCGGCGAAGUGUUCAAGGUUUCCCAUCUGAUGAUCAAGGGUGUUCGUAUUGGCGGGACCGGCAAGGCGCUUUCGUACCUUGACACUCUCGUGGUUCCGAUCAUCGAGAACACACCCUUCGAAGAGGACUUGAAGGAUAGUAUGGCGGAGGCGAUGAAGAAGUACCCCGAUGCCGCUGGUGUUCUCGUUCGCCGCCAUGGUGUUUACGUCUGGGGAACCGACUGGGAGAAGGCCAAGACUCAGACAGAGUGUCUUGAUUAUCUAUUCGAGGUCGCCGUUAAAAUGAAGUUGGCUGGCGUCCCUACCCUAUUGAAUGAGGAUAAGUAG